AUGGGGAGGCAGCGGCGAUUCCUGGAGGUGGCAGCGGAGCUGGUGGCGGGCGGCUGCCCGGGCCAGGCGCGGUUCCUGCUGUGGACCCUCCGCAGCUCUCGAGAUAAUGAACGUGGAUUUGAAAGAAUAUGUCCUUACUGCUUCCAGUUCCUGGUUCCUGAUAGCUGCCGGGUGCGUCUUAAACCAAAGAUGAAAGUGACUCCACAGAUAGAGAAGGUUCUUAAACGAGAGGUGAAGAACCGUAAUCUUAAUAUGAAACAGACAAAGCUUUUGAGAAAGUACAGGGAGUCAAGAAGUGUUCUGCUGGUUACUUGCAACUUGUGCAACAAAACGACGAGGCACUACGGUAAAAGCAGGGCUACCAAGACAGACAGUUCUGGCACUCCAAGUAAGAAAUCUAGCCUGAGAACACCAGAUGUAAAAAUACAGUCUGCAAACAGAGUGACACCUGUAAGCUGCAGUAGUUUGGCAUAUAAAAGGAACAGUCCUUCAUCUUGUCCCAGAACUCGUGUAUCCAGACAGGAGACAACCAGUUCUGCUUCCAAGAUUCCCCGAAACUCCAAAUUUCACUUUUCAAAGCUAAAACAGAUGCUCAACCUGGAAGAAAAAGAGAAAAGCCGGAAGGCAGAUUUGAAGACCUUUUUGACUUUCCUUUAGUUAUGUGUUAUUUCAAAGUAAUGAAAAUCUAGCAAUAACUAUUGUUCCAAUUCUAGUACAUGAACAAAGCAGUUUCUUUAAAGCUGACACUAAUGGCGUGUAUCUUGUGAAAGCAUAGAGCAUCUUUUAGAAGCAAACUCUGGGACUGAUUGCCCACAAGAGGGAGAUGAGAAAAUAGUGUCUAAUAUGCUUGGGAAUUUUAAACAUGUUUUUCAGUAACCAGUGGACCAAGAUGAAAAGCUGGGAAUAAGUCCUUUAAGGAUUCUGGAUCCACCAGUGGGUCCAGCAGGACCAACAGAUAGGUUAGCAGAAAGUAAUUUGAGGAUAUGGAGGUUCCAAAAUAUAUAUGCUU